GCGCGGGCGCUGUACUCGUCGGCCGGGCAGCCGGCCCCGCUGAGCGCGGAGGCGGCUGCCGGGCGCCAUGGGGCCGGGGCCGGGGCGAGGGUGGCUGGCGGCCGGGCUGCUGGUGAACCUGGCCGCCUCCAUCUGCAUCGUGUUCCUGAACAAGUGGCUUUACGUGCGGCUCGGCUUCCCCAACCUGAGCCUCACGCUGGUGCACUUCGCCGCCACCUGGCUCGGCCUCGCCCUGUGCCAGGCGCUGCGCGUCUUCGCCCCCAAGAGCCUGCGGCCCCGCCAGCUGCUGCCCCUGGCGCUCAGCUUCUGCGGCUUCGUGGUGUUCACCAACCUGUCCCUGCAGAGCAACACCAUCGGCACCUACCAGCUGGCCAAGGCCAUGACCACGCCGGCCAUCGUGGCCAUCCAGAGCCUCUUCUACGGCAAGAGCUUCCCCCUGCGCAUCAAACUGACCCUGAUUCCCAUAACUGUAGGUGUAUUCCUAAAUUCCUAUUAUGACGUGAAGUUUAACUUCCUUGGAAUGGUGUUUGCUACCUUUGGUGUUCUAGUUACAUCCCUUUAUCAAGUGUGGGUAGGAGCCAAGCAGCAUGAGUUGCAGGUUAACUCUAUGCAGUUGCUGUACUAUCAGGCACCAAUGUCCUCUGCCAUGUUGUUGUGUAUCGUACCCUUCUUUGAGCCAGUAUUUGGAGAAGGGGGGAUAUUUGGACCCUGGACACCUUCUGCUGUGUUAAUGGUGCUGCUGUCUGGUAUAAUAGCUUUUAUGGUAAACUUGUCCAUUUACUGGAUCAUUGGAAACACAUCACCUGUCACAUAUAAUAUGUUUGGACACUUCAAGUUCUGCAUCACUCUGUUGGGAGGGUACCUGUUGUUUAAAGAUCCACUGUCGCUUAAUCAGUUUUAACCAGUUUGCGUGGGACUGAAGUCAAGCUUACUGGCCUGUAAUUGCUGGGAUCACCUCUGGAGACCUUUUACAGUAGCAUGCAGGAUGGAAGACACCAUCCACCCCUUCUUAAGGCAGCAAAAAAAAAAAAAAAAGGUAACUGGCAGAAACUGUGCCAUCCGACUCCCUCAGAGACAGGUUUCUGGCAUCGCUAUGACUCAUCUCAAGGUUGCUACUAUUAAUGUCGUCUGGUCAGAAAUGGCCACUUUUGAGGGAUGAAGUGACAGAAUCUUCAUACUUUCCAUUUACACACAAUAAGAUGUAUGUCUUGUCAACAUUAGAAAUGGUUUCUUUGUAGAAACAUGGGUUAUACUACCAAGAGUGCUUUUGCUGGUAUAGCUCAUUGGUUUCCCAAACAAAAUAAGGUCUGCUGACAAACUGACUUUUUUUGCUAGUAUAAAUGUGUCUACGCUAGGGAUUUGCUAACACACCUAUGUGAGUUAUGGGCAGGGUGACCAUAUUUCCCUAUGCUGAAUAUGGGACACCAGGUAAAAUUACGUGAAUUCAAGCAAGUUAAACAGCAAUCAAUCAGAACUAUGUAGUACAAACAUUCAAAUUUACAUUAAGUUGACUGAGCCCCCGGUAAAAAGUAAUACUGCGUAGUUGCAUUCUUUUUAUUUACCUUCUUUAUCUUUAAGGCUUUAAGGUUCACCGAGGGAGGGGUGAUACACACACCCCUUCCCUCCCCCCCCAUGGGGAGAGGUGACACACACAUACCCCUCUGUCUCAUGGGAGGGUGACCAACCAGUGCUCCCUGCCCAGCACUCUCCACCCUCCAUGCCUGGCUAGGCCCCCCUCUCCCAGUGCCUGGUACCAUGUCUUCCUGAGGCAACACGUGGAGGGGGCACACAGGGUCACAUACCCCCCUCCACAGAUUUCUGUCAGAGUUCACACCAGAAUGUGGCCAGCAGCAGCCUAUCGGCACUGUGCAGGAGGGAAGGGAUGGGAGCUACUUACAGCCACAGGGGAGGAGGGAGGGAGGAAGAGAUGACCUGGCCCAUGUCUCUGCAGAGCUCAUCUCUUUCCCCUCUCCCCCCCACACAUCGUGGUGGUGGGGGGGCGAUGGGCAAGUGAAGAGGGUGCUAAUCCCCUUCCCGGGUGGCUGCCGUGGAGCUGGCGGGGCAGGGGAGGGAAGGGGGAAACAGGCUGGAAAUCACUCCCCCACACACUCCAGAGCUGGCAUUCAGCGGGGGCUGCGCUGACAGACCAGCAGUGGGAGAGGCCUGGCCUCGCACUUGCUACAGCUUUGCCCAGCCACCAGCUUUGCACACCAACCCCCACCUUUGGCCUUUGGACCACCCCACUCACCACUGGGUGGGUGUGCAGCUGGCAAGCAGAGAUCCAGCCAGCAGCCGGAGCCGCCAAUACUGAUGGAGGGAGGAGGCAGAAAAUACAGGACAAUUUGCACAUUUUAAGGAAAAAGUCAGGUCACCUGCAGCAGGGCUUAAAAAUGGGAUAUCUGGUCACCCUAAUUAGGGGUGCAUUUUUUCCCCGUAUUCUGAACAGAUAUAACUAGGUCGGCAAAACUUUUAAGUGCAGGCCAGGCCUUAGUGGCACUAAAAUAGUGCCUAAACUUUGUAGAACAUUUUAUGCAGCAGGAGCUGACUUAACUACAACGGCUAGACAAGUCCCUACACUCCUUGAAGGUGGCAUCCUUUUUAUAGUGUAGCUGCAGCCUUACAGAGUUCAUCCAUAUGGUAUAGCAACCUGGCUUUUCCAUAGGGGAAAUGUCUGUUGUAGUACAGACCCAUAUUCUAAAGAGGUAUGGGGAAAACCUAUUUCUAGCUUACAAAUGAAGCAAUUAUGAAUCAUGUCUUUAGGCAGAGUUUAAAUUUGUAUUGGUCCUUAAUGAGCAACCACAGACAUGUUAGCUAUGGCUCUAAUCAUGUCACCGGGCAGGGCUUUAAAGUGGUGGUGGCCUCCUUUUGUUUCUGGGCCAUUGGAACAAUGAGAAUAUUUGCUGUCUUAAGGGCACAAGCUGCCAUUCCACCUAAAAAUAUCACACUCUGGUUUUGUCUACACUAGCAAAAAUAGUCUUACAAUAAAAACAGUCUUGUAUUACAGCAACUGCCAACAAUGGUGCAACUGCACCAGUGGCAGCAAGCAACAGUGUAAGCACUGUAAGGAGGGGGAGAGAGAGAAGCACACUCUUUUGCUUUAUCAUCAUGUCAUAAAAAACUAUCAAUACCAGAGGCAUAGUAUUGCUACAGCUGCACCACUGCAGAUGUGAAAAAAGAACAGCAGAUUUUUAAACUAGAUCAAUCACCCACUGGCUUACUAUAAAUUCUGCCUGAAAAAAGAUUUGUGCCCAAAAGCUAAUAAAAAUCAUGGUCAGAAACUUUUCCCCUGUUGAUAGGUCUGGGAACAGUAGUUAUCAGCUGAAGAACACUCUCACGCUCAUUGGUCGCAGCAAGACACUCGCUGGCUGAGUGGAAAAGGAUAGACAUAACUGCCUGUUUUUUAAGAGCAUGGGCUAUAUUAAUCACAGUAAAAGUUACUGAUGAUUUAAACAGGCAUGUCACUUAUAUACAGCCUGAGCAAAACUAUGCCACAAAUACAGCUACAAGUCCUGAUACUUUGACAUACAUUUGUAAAGACUAAGCAAAUGAUAUCUUUCUGUUUUGAAUGUAAUAGCUGUUGUGUUGAUGUAAGAGGUGUUCUCUGUCUGUGCUUUUAAUUGUUUUGCCCAAGUUCACUAGUUGCAUUCUGUACAGGAAUAAAAUAGUGUUAAUUCAAUCAUUUCCUAGUGUAGGGUAAAAACUGUCACUGCUGUUUUAUGUUAAGUCCAACAGUAAAACUUCUAGCAGUUCAGCUCUGCACACUUUAAUACUUUUUGUAUGAGUAUCAAGUUAGGUUCUGGCUACAUUUGGUUAGGGAGGGAUAAAUCUGAGAGGAUUCUUGCCUUGUCAGCUGUAGGCUAGGACAUUCUGUCCUCAUGAAAACAAUCUUUAUGCACUUUGAAAUUCUCGGGAUAAUGGAAUGUAAACACAUCUCAAAAAUUCUGGCAAUUGUUUAAAUGCCGCUCAUUGUGUAACUUCUUGGACCUUGAGCUUUGUGUUUUAGAAGGAUAACAAGACUGUCUUGAAAAUCUAAGUACUUUACGCACAAAUACCUAGAUUUAAUGAUCACUGGAAUUUUUUACAUGGUCCUGUUGAAAAACUAUUUGUCCAAUGGACAAGCCCAGACAUUUGUAUAGCCCUGCGCGGAUACAAAUCUAUACCCAUGGAUAUAAAUCGUUACCUGCGGAACCGCAAGGCUCUCCCAGGAACCGCAGCGGCAAAAGAAACAGAACGUGGGGCGGGGCUGCCACUCCCAAAAGCCAGUGUCCCGCACCAGCAGCUCCUCCAGUAUGGCUGUACCGCUCCCAGUCCUGCCCACCAGGGUGGGCACCAGGCUUCCAGCAGCUGUCCCUGGUUGCGCUCUUAUGUUAAAGGGGAACGCACACCCCCAGACAGGAGACAGACAGCUAUGUGAAAGGGACGGGGGCAGGGCUGUGGGCGGUACAGCCGUGCCGGAGGAGCUGCCAGCAUGAGGUGCUGGCUCCUAGGAGCAGCAGCCCCAUGUUCUGCCCCUUUCGCAGGAUGGGUACCGAUUUGCAGUCAUGGAUAUAAAUUUGUAUCCACGCAGGGCUCUAGACUUUUGUCUAUCUCUUGUGCAGACAAGGGCAUAGCUACAUUAUAAUGGCUACAGCUGUGCCACUGUAGUUUCAUAGCAUAGAUGCUUCCUACAUCAAUGGAAGAGGUUUUUCUGUCUCUGUAAUUAAUUCACCUC